UCACACUCCUUUCCAGUAGGUGGCAGGAAUGCACCUUUUAAGUUGGUUUGCCAACCGCCAUUAAAUCCUAAAAGAAGAAGAUAAUAUGGCGGCCUCCGUGGUGACAUGGGCUGGUUUAGCCGCCAUUGGUCGUGCUUGUGGACAUAUUCACUCUAGGCUGCUUGGCCCUUCAUCUACGUUAUCUCAGAUGUCACGUCUUCACACAAGUACAGAGUUAAACAGCAAACACUGGGAAAGGAAAAAUCUGAUUGUGUAUCCACCACAACAGAAAGAUGAACCAUGCAGACCUGCUGAGAUCUAUCACUGCAGACGUCAGAUUAAAUACAGCAAAGACAAGAUGUGGUACUUUGCUAAACUGGUUCUCUUGGAAGCUCAGGACAUGGGGGUCAGGAAUCACAAUGUUGAAUACAUCAAAUCUAUAUAUUGCUGAAUCAUUCUCUGCCAUGGGAAAAUAUCGAAAGCGUAUUCGUUAUCAUGGACAUGGCAUGUUUGGCAUCAUGG